UUGUGAACACAAACUGUCGGUUGUGAGUCAACACAAGGGGCGAAAGUUCAGAUAACUCUCGUGUCUUUGUUGUGAAUGGAGGGAAAGACAACUUUCAGAGUUGAAGUUUGAAGUACUCCGCCCCUGGUCUGUCUGUCUGCACCGGAGCUCCAGGCUGACUCCACACAGCAAAUUGUCACCUUUGUCUUUCAGAUUGAAAUGAAUGCAGUCACAGAAACUUUUCUGGAUUUUGCUGCUUUGGUCCAUUGGUGGAAUUAUGGACAAUGAGGUCUUUCAAGCUUGUGGAGAACAUCUAUGCAGACACUGAGAUUUUCGAUCCUGAGGCUCUCAACAACCAUCAUCCAUUGACUGCAUACACAGUGGGAGGGAAGAUACUGGUGACCCCAAAAGUGUGCCUGCUGCAUUGAAGGGACGCAGAAUGGUCCAAGCUACGUAACGCAGGCUGCAUUGAGGUCAGCAUUAACCGGAGAAGAAGCGGUGAAGAUGAUGGUGCAGGUCCUUCUUUGAAGAGAGCAAAGCGAGGGGAGAUUAACUAUGUUCCUGACCACCCAGAUACCCAUACUGAUGACUCGCUGGAGGAGGAAAGACUAGCUCUGGUUGAGGAGUUAAAGAAGAGGAAUAAGAAUGUUGCACUCAUAAAGCAACAGAUGGAGGUGACAUUCUCCCUGAGGCGCAAGGAGAUUGUGGAGCUAGUGCCUAUGGUGUCAGAGGUUCAGGAGCGGUGGCCUGCCCUGUUUUACGAGGCAGAGAUCAGGGAAGAGUUUCUUCGGAUCACCAACAAGGACCUAAUAGACAACUUCGGAGCAGCCAUUAAUCAGCACACUCCUAGGCUCCUUAAACUCUAUCGGGCUAGGCGGACAGCUUUCCCGCCUGAGAUGGAUCAACUCCUUAACAGACUGGAUGAAGAGACAUCUGACAUCACAGUACAUCGACACACUGCAGCCUUGAAGGGCCUCCCCUUGUAUCUCCGUGACAGUCAUGAGAAGCUGUUCAGGAACUGUCUGGCCACUGACCCAGAAGAGGAGCAGACGAAGGGCCUCAUCGUGGGUAUCCUCACUGUGUUGGAGGAUGAUGACAGUUCAGCUCCUGCAACAGUCAUUAAUGUUGCUGUUGUUGUAGAAGAAGACAUCGUCCUCCAGGAUCUCCCUGACCUGCCAACGGCUUUUGCUUACCUCUUUGGGCUGAUCUACGCUUUAAACCUCCAGUACCCAAAAGAACUGAGGUACACAUUCGAAACCAUUCAGAAAGUUUUCAUGGAACUUGGAACUGAUCUCUCUGCAAGGGUCCGAUCCUUCAAAAACAAACUCCUUCAGUGAAUCCACCGAGUUAGCUGAUAAUGUUGGG